CGGUUGAUGUCCUGUAAGUUUCAGUUCCCCGUAGUUCCUAAGUUUUAUUAAAUUCAGGAAUUUAAGUACUGCUCCGUUGCUUUUGUUUAUUAUUCUGUGCAUUAAAUUGACCAGUUAAGGUUGCGCCUGUAAUUUGUGAUUGUUAAGUGUUGGGUUAAUAUCCCUCCGCGGAUAGGAGAGCCGAAACCAAGGUGCAGAAGCGGCUUUUCAUGGCUCCUCUCCGGGUCCUGUGCAUUCACGGUUACCGUCAGAACGGGAGCUCGUUCCGGGAGAAAACCGGGGCUCUGCGGAAGCUGCUGAAGAAGCAGCUGGAGCUGGUUUACAUCACCGCACCGCUCACCGUGCGGACAGCUGCUACAGAUGAGGUUUCUAACCUGGAGAAUAAUUCAGUUCCAACAGCAGGGGGCGACGAAGAGCCCAGGGGCUGGUGGUUUUCUGACAUUCAGGCUCGGAGCUUCAGCGCUCAGCAGCAAUGUGAGAGAAGCUCGGGCCUCGACGACAGCAUAUCGGCGGUGAGAGAAGCCGUGAAGACCCAGGGCCCGUUUGAUGGCGUCCUGGGUUUCAGUCAGGGAGCAGCUUUUGUUGCCAUGCUGUGUUCACUCCAGGAGCAAAAACUGGAGCUGGAAUUCAACUUCCGCUUUGCCAUCCUUGUUGCCGGUUUUCGCAGCGCUUGUGAGGAGCAUCAGAAGUUUUACGAGGUGCCGCUCCAAAUCCCAUCUCUGCACGUGUUCGGACUGGAGGACAGGGUCAUUCCUGACAGCAUGAGCAGGGAUCUUCUCCUCUGCUUCCAGGACCCUCAGGUCCUCAUACAUCCUGGAGGCCAUUUUGUUCCUGCUGCAGCUGCUCACAGGCAAAUGUAUCAGGACUUUCUGAAGAGGUUCCAGUAAGACAACAUAAUCACUGAUUUUCUGUCAGAAGCUGCAACAGAAUAAAAACUGAAUCACUGGUAGAACUAGGUCCAGACACAGAUUGGAUCUGGACCUUUUUACAUUCUUUUGUCUUAUAAAUCUAAAAGAAUAAGAUCAGCUGUUACACUGGGAGGUGUAACCUCAAUGUAAACUUGCUCAGGGAAAAUCUAAUGUAAAGAGCAAUAAAAAAGAUUAUUUAAGAUUA